AUGGAGUGCUGCAUGCGGGCUUUGCCUGUCCUUCUCGCGUGGGUUCUAUGGGAACCGGCUAGCGCCGAAGUCUUCACACAAAAAGAGAAUAUGGGCCUGCAGGAUGGAAGGCACAAACGCUUCCCGUGCGCACAUGCGCCGCGAAUCACAAGCUGGGAGGAGGCAGAGGUCUUCAAGAUCAACCAUGAGCCCUUCACAAACACGAAGAAAGUUUUCGUGAGAAAGGGCGAGGUCCCGCCACUGACACAGAUCAGCGUGGCCGAGUUUCUGGAUGGGACGUACUUUGAAGACCACGUCCCUUAG